UCAACCCGGAAGAGAGCACUGUCGGUGCCUGAGAGGAUUGUUUACAUUUUCUACAGCCCGUUAAAAUGAAUCAUCCGAUGAUAAACUCGACCAGCUUUGUUUCAACGACCAAACGAAAACGGGAAGCUGAGCGCUCAGUAAACUGGACGGUGGAGGAGACUCAGGUGCUGCUGUGCGCCUGGAGCGACGAGCGCAUCCAGAAGAGUUUGGCGGAAAACCUUCGCAACCGCCAUGUCUUCAAACACCUCUCUGUCCGCAUGAGUGAAAUGGGUUUCUCUCGAAGUCCACACCAGUGCCGGCUCCGUGUCAAAACUCUCAAGGCUAACUACGUGAGAGCCAAACUACAAAGGAGCAGCUCGCAGCCUUGCACUUUUAAAUAUUUUGCCGAGAUGGACGCUGUGUUGGGCCGGAGGUCAGAGGCAGAGGAAGGAGGGCCAUAUUUUGUUUCUCCAGGACGCAUGGCAGGGCGUUACCUUGACUCCUUUGAAAGGACAGGAAGUAUCCCAAAAGAUUUGAAUUUGAACAUAGAAAACCAUUUUGGUUAUCCGGGCAGGACAGUAAGACAAAAUUUGAGCUCUUUAGAAGAGAGAGCAGGCCGUCAGUCUUGGCAGUUUGACUCUGAAGUCAAAUUGGAGGACAGAGAAGUUUCAACGGAUGAGUUUGAGACCAGCAAUUCAGGAUUCCCUCAGCGACGUCAUGAAGUUUACACAGAAUCAUCCAUCCAUCGUGAAAUUACCGGUGCACUAGUGGAAAACAGCAGUCCUUCCACACAUGUAGUACCACCUCAACCUCCAGCUGCUCCUCCUCCUCCUCCUCCUCCUCCUCCAGCUGCUGUUACCCAAUCCUCUCCUCUCCCCACACCCUCAGAUCCAAGCCCCAACACACUCCCUACCUGUGGGCACCUUCACUCGGAGUCCUCAGGCCUCAAGCACCUGUCGGAGUGCUUCCAGCGGCUGGUGUCGCAGACCCGGGGCCUGAUGGUGCAGCUGGAGGGCCAGCGGCAGGAGCAGGGCCGCUGGCAUCAGGAGCUCCUCUCCCAGUGGCUGCAGAGGGAGGAGCGCUCGCAGAGGGAGACGGCCGAGAGGGAGGAGAGGAGGGAGAAAGCUCGCAUGGAGCACGAGAUCAGAGUCCUGGAGCUCCUCACAAGCCUAGCCAGAGACGGAGGUUGUAAAAGUGGAAGCAAUAAGACAGUAGCAGAGGCACCAAAUCACACUUGCAACAAAGGCGAAAAGUAGGAGGCACUCGCACCCAGGAUUUCUUACAGCGGUUUACCCAAAGUUUUAAAACUCAGGAAGAACCAAAUAAUGGCACUUGUAAUGCAGAAACGGCUAUAUUUAAGGCAGCUAACUAUAAACCUUGACACUGAGGAAUACGGAGUGAAAUAGUUAUUUCAACCAAAUUACGGAAGACGCCCUUAACAUUUAAAGGUCCCAUGUCAUGGCCAUUUCUACUGAUCAUAAUUCCAUUGUUGAGGUCUACUAGAAUAGAUUUAUAUU